UUCCAAUUAUGUUGGAGAACUAACAGAGAAAUGUCAAGAAAAUCAUUGAUAACCACAGCCCAUAAAGAUGCCAAAAACUUCAAAUAUUACUUCUCAUAAGAAAACCUUCAUUCAGAAGAAUAUUGCUUUAAAAUUUUUAGUUCCUCAAACAUUGGACUGGAAAAUUGCUAUCCACCCUCCCAUGCAAAAGUUGAUAAACAUGAAUAUAAACAAAGGCGGCUUCAUCCAAAACUCUCAAUGCAUGAGCAAAACCAAUUCCUUCACUCUCAACACAUACCCAUUUCCUCUAAGGGCACUGUCGGCAAACAUGAAUAUAAACAGAAAUCCACACACACCUCAAAAUUCAUCUAUAUCCAUAACAAAAGCAAAUGGUAAAACUAUGCAGGCUUCAGUACAAAAAAAUAGUCGACCGCAACCAUUUUACCUAACAAACAAUAUUGAAACGAUACUUAAAGUGGAUGAAAAACUUGUAAGAAAAAUGCAAGAUCCAUUUGGUUAAUUAUGUAUGGUCCUUAACUAUCAAAACACCUUUAAGAGAAAGGUUAGAGAGAUACCUUGAGGGCACCAAAAACACGAU